CGCCAUUUUGUCAGCCAUUUCCUACGCUGAUCCAUUGCCAGCGUCUCUGCACAGCUCAGGACGCCCCGUCCGGCCUCAGCAGCUUCACCUACCCACCCGGGCUCGGUAGACUGUAGCGGACCGCCAACGCCACUGUACCCGGGUGGAUGAGAGACUAGCCCAGCGGGUCGGUCGGUUCGAUCUGCACUCAGAAGGACCGUCACUGCAAGGCGCUUAAGCCCCGAGGGACAGAGCGGAGCGGCGCAAGUCACAGGCAGACAUGGCUUUGAAGAUUGUCAAAGGCAGCAUCGAUCGGAUUUUCGAUAAAAAUCUCCAGGAUUUAGUACGUGGCAUUCGGAAUCACAAGGAAGAUGAGGCCAAAUACAUCUCCACAUGCAUCGACGAGAUCAAACAGGAGCUCAAGCAAGACAACAUUGCUGUCAAGGCCAAUGCUGUGUGCAAGCUCACCUACCUUCAGAUGCUGGGCUACGAUGUCAGCUGGGCUGCUUUCAACAUCGUUGAAGUCAUGAGUUCCUCCAAGUUCACAUACAAGAGGAUUGGUUACUUGGCAGCCUCGCAGUGCUUUCACGAGAGCACAGAUGUCAUCAUGCUGACAACCAAUCAGAUCCGAAAGGAUCUCAGUAGUCCCAACCAGUAUGACACAGGUGUUGCCCUAACAGGCCUGUCUUGUUUUGUUACCCCUGAUCUGGCACGGGAUCUCGCUAAUGACAUUAUGACACUGAUGUCCCACACCAAACCCUACAUCAGGAAGAAAGCUGUGCUGAUCAUGUAUAAGGUAUUUUUAAAGUACCCAGAAUCUCUGCGCCCUGCUUUCCCAAGACUCAAGGAGAAACUGGAGGACCCAGAUCCAGGUGUCCAGUCAGCAGCCGUCAAUGUGAUUUGUGAGCUGGCGAGGAGAAACCCAAAGAACUAUCUGUCUCUCGCCCCCCUUUUCUUCAAGCUUAUGACCUCCUCCACCAAUAACUGGGUUCUCAUUAAGAUCAUCAAACUGUUUGGUGCGCUCACACCGCUGGAGCCAAGGUUGGGGAAGAAGCUUAUUGAGCCUCUGACAAACUUAAUCCACAGCACCUCUGCCAUGUCUUUGCUGUAUGAAUGUGUCAAUACUGUAAUUGCAGUGUUGAUUUCUCUGUCCUCUGGGAUGCCCAACCACAGCGCUAGCAUCCAGCUCUGUGUGCAGAAACUGCGAAUCCUGAUAGAAGACUCGGACCAGAACUUGAAAUACUUGGGCUUGCUCGCCAUGUCCAAGAUCCUGAAGACGCACCCCAAGUCUGUCCAGUCUCAUAAGGACCUUAUCCUGCAGUGUCUCGAUGACAAAGAUGAGUCCAUUCGUCUCAGAGCGUUGGACCUUCUCUACGGCAUGGUUUCUAAGAAGAACUUGAUGGAGAUUGUAAAGAAGCUGAUGCUGCAUGUGGACAAAGCUGAAGGAACCACUUACAGGGAUGAACUUCUCACCAAGAUCAUCGAUAUCUGCAGCCAGAGCAACUACCAGUACAUCACCAACUUUGAAUGGUACAUCAGCAUUCUGGUGGAGCUGACCCGAUUAGAGGGCACACGACACGGCCACCUCAUCGCCUCUCAGAUGUUGGACGUUGCCAUUCGGGUGAAGGCCAUCCGAGCAUUCGCCGUCGCUCAGAUGGCCACUUUGCUGGACAACGCCCACCUGCUGACGGGCAACACGCAGCGGAACGGCAUCUGCGAGGUUCUGUACGCUGCGGCCUGGAUCUGUGGCGAGUUCUCCGAACACCUGGAGAACCCGAUGCAGACGCUGGAGGCCAUGCUGCGGCCCAAGGUGGCCACGCUGCCGGGCCACAUCCAGGCUGUGUAUGUUCAGAAUGCAGCCAAGCUGUUUGCAACAGUGCUGAAGGGCGAGGAGGGGAACACAGACGGCACAGCUGCGCAGGAAGCCAGCCAGCUAAUGAUAGACAGGCUGCCGCUGUUCGUACAGAGCGCCAACCUCGAAGUCCAGGAGAGGGCGUCCUGCAUCCUGCAGCUGGUCAAGUACAUCCAGAAACUUCAGCAGAAGGACGUGGAAGUGGCAGAGGAAGUCAACGCGCUGUUUGCAGGAGAACUCAACCCUGUGGCCCCGAAAGCACAGAAGAAAGUUCCUGUUCCUGAAGGCCUGGACCUGGACGCCUGGAUCAAUGAACCGCCUUCUGAAAGUGAGUCUGAGGACGAGCAGCCGAAGGCGAUUUUUGCAAAGGAGGAGCCGAAACACUCCAGACCCCGUCACACAGAGGUGGACGAGAAAGAGCUCGCAAGGAGGAGGGAAGCGAGAAAGCAGGAGCAAGCCAACAAUCCGUUCUACAUCAAGGCUUCCCCGUCCUCUCAGAAGGUGUAUCAAGAAGCUCCUGGAGUGGAGCACAUCCCAGUAGUGCAGAUUGACCUCAAUGUGCCUCUCAAAGUCCCAGGUCUGCCUAUGUCUGAUCAGUAUGUGAAAAUGGAGGAGGAGCGCCGUCAGAAAGAGAGAGCAGAGAAGAAGAAGAAGGAAAAGAAGAAGAGGAAAGAAAAGCGCAGCGGACGAGGGAAGAAACACGAUUCGGCUCCGGAGAGCGAAGAGGACAUCACUCCAGCUCACAUGGUGGACAUUGUUACAGAGGAGAUGCCAGAGAAUGCCUUACCCAGUGAUGAUGAUGAAAGAGACCCCACUGACCCCCACAAAGCUCUGGACAUCGACCUGGACAAUUUGAUGGAGUCGGCUGGGCGCAGGCCACUUGCAGACAGCGAGAAGCUGCCGGUCAGGUCACAUCGUGCCGCUGAGGCCCAGAAAAGCCCAACAGAUGGAGAAACUGAAAAUGCGACAUUGCAGGAACCCAAGAAGAAGAGCAGCAAAGAAAAGAGAGAGAAGAAGAAAGACAAAGAGAGAGAUCGGAAGAAGAGCAAAGAAGAGAAAAAGAAGAAAAAACACAAACAUGAAGACAAGGAGGAGGAUCUUCUCGGGGGUCAGGCUGACGAACCUGUGCUCCAAUCAGAAGAAACGAGUCAAGUGGCAGAUCCGCCCACUUCCUCCUCUACCACUGCUGAGGUAUCGGAUCUGGAUUUCUGGCUCUCAAACGCUCCAGUGCCCUCUAACACCCAGGAAGCAGCAACAGUAGCAGCAGCAGCCCCAGAGCCCUCCGUCACAGCGCCAGACUCCGAGCCAGAUGAACCCAAAGACACAGAAAUGGAGGAGACGAAGUCCUCAAAACACAAGAAGAAGAAGCAGAAAAAGGAGAAGGAGGAGAAGGAGAAGAAAAAGAAGAAGAAGCAUCACCACCAUCAUCACCAUAGUGACGGUGCUGGAGAGGAGUCUGUUCAGAAUGGCACCGUUGAGGAGGAAGAGCCCCUCCCGCCAAUGUCCAAUUACUGCCUGCUGGCUGAGAACUCCUACAUCAAGAUGAUGAUGGAAGAUGCUGACGAGGUGUAUGACAUCCAGGGGAACCUGCAGGAUGGCAGCCAGGUGGUUGUGUCUGUUAUAUUUGAAAACAAGUGCAACAGCUUCCUCAAAUCCAUGGAGUUCAACGUCUUGGACUCUCUGAACUCCAAACUACAGAGGCCAGAAGGCUCGGGUCCUCACGAUGGCCUCGUCGUCCCCUUUCAACUUCCUCCAGGAGUGUCCAAUGAGGCACGGUUUGUCUUCACUGUGCAAAGCAUCGUAAUGCCACAGAAACUGAAGGGAACUCUAACCUUCAUUGUUAAGAAUGAAGAUGACUCUACUCAUGAGAAACUGGACUUCAAACUGCACUUUACCUGCACCUCCUACUUAAUCACUACUCCUUGCUACAGCGACGCUUUUGCAAAACUGUUGGAGUCGGGAGACCUGAAGAGCAGCUCAAUCCGGCUGGAGGGAGUCAACAUGCCCUUCCACCAUCUGCUGGCCAGGAUCUGCUUCCACCACCACUUCUCAGUUGUGGAGAGGAUCGACUCUUGUGCCUCCAUGUACAGCAGGUCCAUCCAGGGUCACCAUGUCUGUCUGCUGGUCAAAACUUCUGCUCAGACGGUGUCCAUCGACGCAAAAUGUGACGAGCCGACGCUGCUUGGGAAUGUGCUGGAUGAGAUCAAGCAGACCUUCUCUCAGUGCUGAUUGUUUCUGACGGCCCCAGGGUGCACCCGGCCCCUCCAUGCCACCCACUCCUUCAUUAUGGCAACACAAUCACAUUACGAAACACUGCGACUGGCACCUCCAACUUCACCCUAUUUAUUAGUCCUCAAAUUUUCAAGAUUUCUUUCUCCUCACAUCCACUCCGAUUCCUCUACACUUCUCUCUUUUUUUUCCUUUUCAAAUUAUUUUCCUCUGCACUCUCAGCUCUGUGGUCAUUCAGCCUCGCUGUUGUUUUACAGACUCACUGUCUACAUGCAUCGUCUUCUCUGUUGUGUACCAUGAUUUUUACUUGUGUUUUCCAGCUCCUCCUUGCUCUGGAUUGCCUCACGUUCUCUUCUCUCCCAGGCCUUAUCCCUCCUCCCUCCCGCCCUGCUGGCAGUUCAUUCUUUGACAGUCGUGUAAUGUAACAACUGGAUGUUUGCUGUUGAUGGUUGAAUUGUAUUUUGAGGUUGUGUUUGAGGUUUUAUGUUUUCGUCUGUAGUUUGUUUUUGUUUGACGUAUGGGUCUCUUCUCCUCCUCUUUUGUUUGAAGCCUGUCUUCGCCUUUGUCUCGACUCCCUGCAUCCCUCUUACUGAACAUUACUGCAGCUCUGCUCUGUGGGCCUGGAAAAACAAUGUGACUGACUUUUUUUUUUUUUUCACCUGGGUCCUAGCUGGAAAAAAUGUAGUACUCUAACUUAGUCACCUCACCUGGUGUAUGAAGACUAAACAUUUGGGCAGCUGCAUUGCCGAUGGAGCAGAGAGAAAACCAAAGCUAAAUACACUAAAAGGCAGGGAUGUUUAAAGGUUUAAUAGAAAGCUUUGUCCCUGAUUUCUCAUUGGUCAUGCUCAGAGCAGAUGUGGUGUUUUUAGAAACAAAGAAACUUAGUGGGUCAAUGGUUCUUUUUUCUUUUCUUUUUUUUUGCUCUGUGCCUUUUUUCCUACAGUCUACUCAAGCUCUUCUGAAGAAUUGACAUACCGUUCCUUCCAUGAAUUAAAUGGAUUUAAAUAGUUGAUAAUAGUAAAACUAGCCACCAGGAAGGCGUAUUCUGUGCUAGCAGACGCCGUUCAGGCCCUCUAUAGUCCAGUAUUGGUUAAAUUCCACCGGGAGGAAGCACCUGCUUCGUCUUCUUCUGUUCUUGUGAAAUAUUUCCGCCUGUGCCACUCGAGUGUUUGCAGCAUGAUUGUUCCACCCAUGUCAGCCGGCACCCAGGUGACAUCCCCGAUGUUUCCCUGCCCUUCGGAAAACCGCCUUGCCUCUUUUCAUGCUCCGUUGUCAUUUUGGGGGUUUUUUUCCACCCCAAGGAAGAAUUUGCCUCCUCUAACAAAACCUUCUUUUUUUUCUUUUGAAUUGAGUUGUUCAUUUUUGACUUCUGACCUUGUUUAUCAAGAUAAAAACUAGUUUGUUCAUAUAUACUGUUAAGGCCCUUCUUUGCAUCAGUCUGCUGUUGUAGAUAAUGUUGAUGUCUGUGACCAUCGGGUCAGCCAUUCCACUUGAUAUUCAGUCUAGUCUGAAUACAGAGGUGAUCUGUUGUUUUUCAGGAAUGUCAAAAGAAAACGAUCAUGUAUGUAUUCCUUGUUCCUGAAAACAACUUCGCUGAAUCCAAGAGAAAUUGUCUCCUCAUUCAUUAUUAUGAUCAUUGUGUGCAUAAUAUUAGAUUAAAAUGUGUAUAUUGCAUGAUUAGGAAUGUAAUUUUUUUUCUGUUAUUGUUCUAUCACAGGACAUGCUUAAACAAAGUCAUUCCAUACUGUCCUUUUUUUUUUUUCCUUUCCCCUGAAUAUGAUUUUGUUUACUUGAUCAUGCUCUAUUUUCGAUGGCAUUGUGUUUUUACCUGUUAAGACGUGAUAUCACUGAAUGUUUUAAAUUAUUAAACACAAGGGAAAGAAGGGGUUUGGUGUCAUGAACACCGAGGGCACGGGGCUCAGAAAACCAGUUUAAAAGUUCACCUGAAGCAGUGUAUGGAGAAGCAAACCACUGUCUCAACUCUCUUUGCUUAGCUCAUUGUGAGGUCUUCUUCCACGUUUGGCUUGUUACAAUGAAAUAUACGCUCGAAUGAAAGAUUUUCAACAGUUAUUUUUGUUUUCCUUUUCUUCUCCAUGCUCAGCUAUCAAACAUACAUUGUAAAUGGUCAUGAUGUCAAGAGGACAACAUAAAUUAUAUACUCUCCCUUUAAAGAAGGUCCAUCAAAACUAGAAAUAAAUUCUGGGAGAAGCUUCUGUAGUCUUUUUUUUGUGUUACAAAAAAUAAAUCAAUAAAAACUUGCCUAUACCAAA